AUGUCUCCUUCCACCAGAUCUGGAAAGACUUACUCAGAGGCUUCUUCUGUAACCAGCAGCAGACGAUCCAGUACAACUCGGAGCGUCCACGGAAGAAAACAACCUCAAAGCAUCGCAAGAAACGACGCCGACACCCUCAAAAACGGACAGAUCCACUCCACCGUUGAAGAACCCCCCUCAAUUGAAAGAGUCAAGCCCGGUAUCGAAACUAAACUCGCCGAAUCUAGCCAACUUACCAACCAAGAAGAAGAUAGCUUCAUCGACUCCCAAGAAAGCACCGGCGAAAACCGCCGAGAAACCAUCGACACUAUUCGUACCGACGAAACCAAAGCUCAUCUCGACCCAACCACCAUCAGAGAAGGCCAGGAAGAGACAAGCCAUAGCUGUAGUCAUACCGAUGUCAACCUCGGCGAGAAGACCAGCGCCGUCUAUAGCAGACCCGCCGAGAACGACCCAACCACCGGUGCCCAACUACCCUCAAGCACCAGUCUCCAAGACCAAUCAAUCCCAACCGUCGGACGCGAUGGACGUCGACCAACCGGAAGAUCAAGACCCGAACGAAGGAUCGGAUCCUUCGAUGGAUAUAGAACCAAUGAGAUAUAUCGGCAGCAAUAUCACAUGUACGAAACAGCGAAGAAGGCGAAUCAGCACGCAGACGCAACGAGAGCGCUGACCGAGUGCCAACGCUCGUACCGCAACAUCUCGAAGAAGCUAACUUGGCAGUUCGCCCUCUCCAUCAACAAUGGGUGGAACCCAUUCAAGGAAGCAAAAUCGGCCAAGCUCCUAGCGAAACUAGAAGGCCGCUCGCAGCCGACAGCAAGCGGAUCUCAACCCUCAGGAAGCUACAACUCCCCCAACAACCGCCGAGAGAAACGACCAGCCGAGACAGAUGUCAACCGACUAGGCAAGAUAGCGAAGCUAGACACCUCGUGGCGAGAAACGAUGGCGGCGGCCAGAGCCUUACAACAAGCUUGA